UAACUAAUUUUCAAAUAUUCACAAAAAAAAAAUGUGGAGCCACUCUCAGUCAAAACCACUCAUCAGCCUCCUCAACCUCCUCCUCCACUUCCUCCCCGCCCUAACCCUCUCCCCUUGCCGCACCACCUGCGGCCCCAUCCCCGUAAACUACCCCUUCGGCCUCGACGACGGCUGCGGCGCGCCGCAGUUCCGUGGCAUGCUCAACUGCUCCACCGACCUCUUCUUCACCACCCCAUCCGGCAACUACAAAGUCCAGUCUAUCGACUACGACAAGAAAAAUCUCGUCGUUUACGACCCCGCCAUGUCAACCUGCUCCAUCCUCCAACCCCACCACGACUUCCUCUUGACCCCUAUCCAGUCCGCCAUAAUCCCACCGACCUCAGACACCGUCUUCGCCCUCCUCAACUGCUCCGUCGACUCCCCUGUCCUCAACCACUACAAGUCUCUCUGCUUCAACUUCUCCGGCCACUCCUGCGACGAGCUUUACAACUCAUGCAACGCGUUUCGGCUUUUUCGGUUGGGCUUGGGAGUAAGCAACGGGACUAAUAGUACUGGUAGUACUGAUUUUGUUCCGCCGUGCUGUUUUACGGGGUAUGAUACUGUGAAGUUCAUGAGCAUGAAUAUUUUGGACUGUACGCAUUAUACUAGCGUGACUAAUACGGAUCGGUUGAGAGGUUUGGGACCGUUGGAUUGGAUUUAUGGGAUUAAGUUGAGCUUUGCGGUUCCGGAUACUGGGUGUGAGAGAUGUGCUCAGUCCGGUGGGACUUGUGGGUUUGAUACUGAGACUCAAGUGUCUCUCUGUCUCUGCUCUACUUUCACCAAUUCUACUAGAGAAUGCGCUGCAGGCAGUGAUACGGCAGAAGGACGAGAUUGUGCUCCCUCGAUACUCUUUGAAGCAUUCUUUGUGAUUAUGGGGGCAUUGUUAAUCUGUUUGCAUGAUUUUAAUCUUUCUUUUAUUUGAGAUUAUUCUACUUCUAAGAGCAUUUUUGUCUUUUCAUUCGCAUGAAGCUGAUCAUGACCCUUUUGAAGUUUGUUGUUGACAAUGUAAGUAAAGCACUGAUUGCGUUUUAGUGACACGAUCGGCUGGAGGCAAAAGCUACUUUUGCAGUGUACAAUAUUGCACCGUCUCCAUCAAAUCUCUAAAUUUUGAUUCUAUGCAAGCAAACUCUGUCUCAUUCUCUAAUUUUUUUA